GUUGCUAUGCUGUUCAGUGUUUACAUUCAAUUCGUGGAAAUGUUCGAGAAUAUAUUUCUGACUGCUAGAGAUGCUGAAGGUUCCAAAAUGCAGGGUUUCAAAUGUUCCUCAAAGUGGUACUUAUUGACGCUUUGGCUAGUUUUCCUGUUCAACGGAGUCAACCAGCUCGCGUAACUGAAGUAAGUAUCUGUUUAUCACUCCCAGCAAUUACUUUGUUUGCUCAGUCGCCAUGUACGAAUUUUGGACCGGCGACUAAAAAAGGCUACUGGUGUCAACAAUUUUGAUAUUCUGCAAAGAUUUUUGUCAAACUCAAUGGGUUCUUUUGCGUGUUUUCCUCAGGGGACGGUUCAAAAUACCUCAGUGCACCUAUCGUCAAGAUUUCUCUGAAAAAAGGCGAAUUAUUUUGUUUGCCCUACUUUUACGAUCAUCCCAGACGCAAUUACUAAAUGUUUAAUUUCUAGGCAGUAUAUACUGCUUAACCGCAUCCUAGAGAACUAUAUAUGGGACAAACGUAUUGCGUCUCUAGAAUCUGAUAUCUACACGGCAUCUAUACUACAAGCAGUCAAGAAAAUAAAAGCAGUAUCAUUCGAAUUCAUAUUAUGAUAUAGUUCUUUCAGUAAUACGUAACAGUGCCAUCUCACAGCUACGGAGAGUAAAUGUACUUUGUCAAGAAAGAAAUUGAUUUGAAGGGAGUGGUUCCCUGUAUUGUUUGGAGUCAGGUCGGCGAUCGGGCCUGUUCGUACGUCCGGGUCCGUACGGAAGCCUUUAGAGCCAUAAUAAGCUAUAACACGGACAACUCAGCCUUGCCCUGGCUACGAUGGGAAGCUAAUACUGUUUUCUUCCUUUUUUUGUAUGGACUUGUCCUUCUUAGAGACCUAUAAUUGGUCAUUCUGGUUUUUCAGAAGUCAAACUUUUUGUCCAACAACCCGAGUCGUAAAGAGGCAACAUGCACCAAAACUAGGGGAAGUGAUAGAGUAGCUAGUAGAUUCAAAUUUGUUGAGAGAUGUCAUUGAGAGCCUUGGCUUUGGCUAGUUGAUUAGUACAUUUAAAAUCAACUCAUUUCUACCCAGUGAUUUGGGAUAAAACUUUUACUUUUUUUCAUUUUCGUCUGCUAGCCUAGUUCGAACUUUUUCUUGUCCCGCGAGACAGACCCCAGGUGUUUAAUUUAUUCAGCUUUGAAAGUCGAAACCACCCAUUAGUAGCCUAUUUGUUUUCGUCGAAAGUACAAGUGGUUUAGCAUGCAUGACCACAAUGCGAAGAAUUUGCUAAAAAUAGACCGCAUCUCGAACUGGCUGUUCUUUUAUGCCAAACACCACCCUUCAGAAAUAACUCAGGAAACCUGACAACCACUUAGACAACACGAAACGCUAUCACGUGUAGCUAGUGAUCACGUGAUGUACGCCACCUCGGAAAAAAAGGCCUCAGUAGAGCGUGUAUGUUUUCUUCACAUGAAGUUUACAGUCGCUGGAUUUGAGAGUUUUCGCUCGGAAAAUCCUUGAAUUCCGUACUGAUGCUGUAAAGGGAGUACGCCCGUCAGAUAGGAUAGUAUUUAGAGAUGGAUACGUCCCGAGUGCUUUAAAAAUGACUUGAAAGUGCUAGCGAGGUGAUUUCGAAGAGGUGAUCAACACCGGGAAGCCUCGAAAAGCAAGCUGUCUUCUCUUGUACCCUGAAAUGGCCGGCGAAGAAAGGUCUGGAUACUCGAUCAGCACCGACCCGGAGUCGAUGAGCGUAGAGUUAAAGCCCUCGUACGCCACGGUGAAGAAGGAGCGAUCUUUUUCGCAGGUCGAUACGCGGCCGAAAAAAGGCUGUAUUCCCUUGUUUUUUGAGCGAGCUUCUUCUCAGUGGUGGAAGCCCUCAUUCGACUCGGAAAUCUUGGAAGAAGAGUUCCAGCGUUUUACCGCUCACAAUCAAAGGCGUCUGGUCCGCGCGCUAAUGUAUGUCUGCAUCCUUAGUGUCACUUGGGGGAUUUUUUUUGCGGUUUGGAGAAGAGAUGAAGGCAUCGAGAUCUUGAUCGGAGACGGGGUUUUUUUGGCACUGGUCAUCGCCUUGAUACUGUUUACUAAAUUCAGCAAAUUGUACAAGAAAUGUGCAUCUUUAAUUUCACUGCUCUCGUCUGUUUUAUUGAUCACCAUGGAACUAUCUCUUUUCGCUUUUCCGAAGGCUCUUACGAACCCGGCACGGUUCUCCAUGUGUACCUGUGUGAUCAUGCUGAUUUAUACCAUGAUCCACUCGCUUCAUUUGUACAUCUGCAUUCUAAUGACAGUUGCGUUUUCCGUCGCUCAUGAAGUCCUCUCUGAUGUGGUCAUCUCCGAAAAGGGAAGCGGCAACCGGCCGCUAGAAAUCAUCUGCCGCCUUAUCUUACACAUGUGCAUCCAUCUGUUUGGAAUCCAGAUCUUUUUCACGGCCCAGGUUCGUGAACGAAGCACCUUCUGGAAGGUCGGUCAAUGCGUCGUUGCUCGCCGUGACUUGGAAAUCGAGAAACAGGUGAAAGAGCAGAUGAUACGAUCGGUAAUGCCGGACCUUGUUGCGAAAGAACUGCUUCAUUUGGACGAAGAAACCGAAGAAGAUCCCAAAGACAGUUCUAAUGGCAAAAAGAAACGCCGCAACAAAGGGCAGAUGGUGUUCCGACCGUUUCAAAUGCAUCGCAUGGAAAAUGUCAGUAUUCUUUUCGCGGACAUCGUCGGCUUCACCACGAUGUCCUCUGACAAAUCCGCUGAGCAAUUGGUUAGGCUUCUGAACGAUCUCUUCGGGCGUUUUGAUCGCCUCACAGAAAUCAACAAUUGCGAGAAAAUCAGUACUCUGGGUGACUGUUAUUAUUGUGUCGCUGGAUGUCCAGAAGCAACUGCACAUCAUGCAUUCAACUGUGUGGAGAUGGGACUGGACAUGCUGGAGCAGAUCAAGGAGUUUGAUGAGGACACCAAGAAUGAAGUCGACAUGCGAGUGGGUGUCCAUACAGGGACAGUACUCUGUGGCAUAGUUGGUACGCUGCGCUUUAAGUUUGAUGUUUGGUCAAAUGACGUAAACUUGGCAAAUCGUAUGGAAACAGCUGGAUCACCUGGACGUGUCCACAUCACAGAAACAACAUUGAAGUUUCUUGCUGGUCACUAUAUUGUGGAGGAUGGCAAUGCAAGCUCACGUUAUCAAGGCUUGGAAGGUAUCAAGACGUACUUUAUUGUCGGUCGUAAAAAUGGUAUGAAAAAGCCGAUGAACCUGCUUCAUCCCAGUGGUCAUGGAAAAAAGUCCACGAACCUCAAUUCUAUCAAUGUCACCAUGAAUGCUUCUCAUCACAGCAGUCCUCAAGAAAGGAAGAAACAUGUCAAGAUCUCCGAACAGGUCACGUCAUCGGAUGUAAUGUUCAAUUCUGACUCAAACAUUUCUAGUCAAGGUGAAUCAAGCUCUGACAAUGGUCCCAAGGUCCUGAAGGGUAACCUCAAAGUCAAACAUGAUGUCAUUGAAAUGGAAUAUUAUAGUAACUGUUCUGGAACUUCUAUCAAAUCUGAUGAUGAUGACGAAGAUUCUAAUGGAAGAGUUCCCGAAGACCGACGCUCUUCACAAGUUUUGGGCUUGUCGCUCAAUGAAGCAUUAAUGAGGGACACACUUCGUACAAACAAUGACCAGCAGCUGGUUAGCUUGAUGAGUCAAGAAAGAGCUGGUGAUGAGUAUUUCCACAGGUCGAUGAAUCAGUGUACACUACAAUUCCAUGACAAAGAAACUGAGAGAAGAUAUCAAAAUGAAGGGCAGGACUGCACUUUGCUCAAUCCUUCUGUCACCACAUUUGCGUCUCCCAGAGUCAACUUCUUUAUAGAUGUAUUACUUUCUAACAUUAUAUACCUUGUCAUUAUGAUUUUGGGCUUCCCUCUCUACCAGCCUGUACAGAUAGCAGUAAUCAUCUUGUCUCCAAUCUCACUUCUUAUAGAAAUAACAUUGUUUUUCUUGACAGUUGCCCGUGCCUUUCCCCAAAUGUAUUCAGCUUGUGUCAACAGCGUUGUAGGUUACAUAAGCGGCUGGUUCAUUAGUCAUCUUAUAGGAGCGCUUCUUAUGUGUCUACCCAUGGGAACACUUUUUGCAAACUUUAUGAACUGCGGGGAACUUUCUAAUCCGCGAGCAAGAGACUUCUACUCUUUAAUCUUCGCUGUUGCGUUGCUACAUUUCUCUAAUUUCACUCAACUCACAUCAUGGAUGAAGACUGGACUUGCAGCUGUGUUUUCUAUUGCCUACAUUAUUUUCCUAAAUUAUGAUAACUUUUGUGCAUUUCAACCAGUUGUUGAGGGCACUCCUGAUGAAGUACUGCGGAAAAAUGGCCGUUUAGGCCCCGAAAUUAUGAUAUGCAUUGGUUUACUCCUGGUGUUUGUGUGUGUAUUAAACCGUCAGCUAGAAAUGAGUGUGCGCCGUAACUUCAGUGGAGAUGAGGAAGCCGCAAAAGACAAACGCAAAGCACAAACUCACAAAGAGCAAGCUGCUUGGCUGCUGGAAAGCAUCUUUCCCAAACACGUUGCAGAUGCACUGAAACUGUCAAGUCAUUAUUCUCGCAAUUAUGAGAAUGUUGGAGUAAUUUUUGCAUCAAUAGUGAACUUUUCAGACUUCUACGAGGAGAACUUUGAAGGAGGCAAGGAGUGCAUCAGAGUCUUGAAUGAACUUGUUGGUGACUUUGAUGAUCUUCUGUCAGAUAAAACUCAGUUCAGCCAAGUUGAGAAAAUCAAGACAGUCAACGGAUCAACCUUCAUGGCUGGAGCGGGUCUUUACCCAGAAGGUUGUGUUAAAAAGGAUACCCAUCCUUAUGACCAUUUGAAGCAGCUUGUUGAAUUUGCCCUGGGAAUGAUCAAGGUAGUAGACAGAUUUAACGAGCACAUGCUCGGAUUCGAGUUUCUCUUACGGGUGGGUUUCAACGCUGGACCCGUUACUGCUGGUGUGAUUGGCUCGACAAAGCUUCUUUAUGACAUAUGGGGCGACACUGUGAAUAUCGCAAGUAGAAUGGACUCAACUGGGGUUAAGGGCAGAAUACAGGUCAGUGAGGCAUCAAAGAAACUUCUUGAUGAAUUCUUCACAUUUGAACGUCGCGGAACCAUUCCAGUGAAAGGCAAAGGUCAUAUCACCACAUACCUCCUCACUGGAAGGAGAACGGAUCCAAUGUCUGAAAGUGGAUCUUAUAACUGCGAUGGAAUCAGGGAAACUAUUAUUGACUGAGACUGCAGUGGAAGCCAGUAAUGUACUUGUACAUUAAUUUAUAUGCACACAUAUUAUAUAUUAGACAAAAGUGAAGGGUAAUCAGAUGAAUUACAUAAAGAUUCAUUAGUUAAGAGAAAUAAAUUUAAAAAUAUUGCUCUUCAUUUAUUCACGUUUUCCAACUGUGUAUAUUUAAAAUCAAAUGGAAAAUGGUAGAUUUUUAUUAGGAAUAUUGUAAAAUAUGUUAUAGAGGACGCUCCAGGUAAGAGGCAUUUGUGAUGCCAAAUAUGAAGCGAUUAUUGAAAGAAAUCAAAUGAUGCAAUAUUAUAAAACCAUUUAAUCUACUUCAUGUCUAGGAUGAAAUAAUAUUUCAUGAAUAAUGUUUAGUUUUCAGAAUUUCACAGGGUGUCUCAAAAACUAAGCACCAAGAACUAAGACCCUCUCCAAAUCGCAAAAACUAAGACCGUAGACCCCCUGUGAAUCCCAAAAACUCAGACCUAGGACCCCCUCCAAAUCUCAACAACAAGGUCUUAGUUCCUAGGUCUUAGUUUCUGAGACACUGGAAUUUCAUAUACUUGUUCUGGUUUUAAUAUUUCUCUUGUAGAAAAUAUGACAAGAUUUGAAACCAAGUUGUACAGUGUAUAUUGUACAACUGAACUAUAACUUUCUUCAAGAAAUAAAGUCAUCACUGCAAAUGUUUAUCUCAAGGUUUAUCUUUCUCGGGCAUUUUUUUUUUUUUUUUUGCCAUCAGUUUUUUAGGAAUAUUUUUGGAAAGCUUGGGUUGUUCUAUUUAACAAUUAGAUCAUGAGCUCAAGAUUUUUAUCAUGUGAUAGUUGAUGGAGUGCAGCUCAAGUCAGCUAUGAUUCAUAGAAAUCAAGAGUGUGUAAUCUCAAUGUUUUCGUGUAAAUCAACCAGUCAUUCAAAACCUAAUCUAAAUCCUCUUCGCAGACACUUCAAAAAUGCUGAGAAGUGGUCGCCAUUUUGUUAACAAGCACCCACUGCUAGGCUCCUCAGUAUCUACAACAGAAUAGAUAGUGAUUCAGGUAGCCAAUAAGAGAAUGGCAUUCAUGAUAGAACACUAGUAGAUUUGUACUAAAAAGUAAUAUAAGGUCACAGCUAAAGGUUAAAUUAUAUUUGGUCAACUUUCAUUUUGCAUUCGCUGAGGUCUAAACAAAAAGCGAUUGAAAUCUGAAAUAGCAGCAAGCAACUUUUUCAGAAGAAAUGUAAUAACAAGAGUUAGUUUUUAUGGACUACCAAAGGCUCCUCUUGCAUCAAGUUUACAGCAGUGAAAAACUGAUGUUGACAUUGUGUUACAGAAAAAUGUAUUACCUAAGUCGAUAUUGGGGUAAUAAACAAUUACAUUAUUAGCUUUGUAGAAUUCAAAACCCAAUAAUGUAAUAUUGCUUUUGAAGAAUUCUAAAUUUCCAGUUCAAGUAAUAGUUUCAAGCUAUUUCUCUUCAUACUGUUUAUUGAGAAGUGUUAAACUUCAUUCUGUUGCAAAAUCGUGCACAGACUAAGUACUCAUUAUUUUUAAUGUUGCACCUGUACACACAUGCUCAUUAGUUCAUUCAACAAUUCUGAGGUUUUUUAGUCUUGUAAUAGUAAAUUUUCUUGUUUUAGUCUUCUCAGUAUUCUUUAAUCUUGCUCAGAAACUUAGGAGAAAUGAGAAAACUUCUCUUCUUUGGAGAUGACCUCCAGCUACUUAUUACUGAUGGCUGAUAGUAGAUGAUAGAUAGUUGACACACAAUGGUUUCAUCCACAUGAACUUUAGGUUAGACUCAAGUUCUUAUACUUGUCGAGUACUUUUGAAAGAUCAACCUUGCAAGGUUUCCUCCCCAGGGGGAGUGGAUUCCCAUGUAAAAAGGGCGGGGGUGCUCGUUGGAAAUUUUGAAAAGAACCCCUAAGAGCUAGCAAUUGUAAACAACAUAUCAUCUCCUGUCAUAUUUUUUCGGUUCAAUACCCUAAAAGCAGGAGGGGCUCCUGGGCUCCUGCCUAAAAGGGGCCACAAAAGCUCCCACUGAGGACCUUUUGAAGCUGAACAUUGUAAGUGGAACUAAAACAUCUUUUUAACCCCUAAAAGGUAUGACAAGUGCCCCCAUCCCUUUUAAUAUGGGAAUCUCUCCACUGGGGGUUUCCCUUGCAAGGUUGGAUUUUGGUACUUGAUAAUGAAUUAUAUUUUCGUGAUGUGGAUGUCUGUUCUGGAAGUUUUGAAGAACAUGACAGGAAAUUUUAGUGAUUGAAAGGAAUUAUAGAAUUGACGCUGUACCUCUUUUGUCAAAAAAUUACUUAUGACUGAGAAUAGUUUUCCAAAUUAUCCUGCUCAAAGGAAUUUUUUUCAAAAGUGGUUUUGUCUUGUUGUUGACUUUCCUCCUUGCCCAUGAAUUCAGUACACGUAUUGUUCUUGCUCUUAAGGUAAAAAUAUUGUAAAUAUUAAAAUGAAGCCACGAAUCUCAAAUAAAUGUUUUUAAUAACAGACAAACAGUUCGAUACAUCAUCAUCUACCCUUUAUUAACAGCGGUUAAAACUCCAAUAUUAUCACUUAGAACAAAAGUUUUGUAAAUAUAGGUUGUUUUGUGUACAUAUAUUAAGCAACACGGUUGUAAUGCUGUUAUAGGAGUAAAAUUUAAAACUAAAUAAACAUCCACAUAAAUUAGUACUCAAUGUAAAUUUACUCCACUGGGCCUUAAACCUAAGGAAGGGGUUUCACCCCCUCCCCCGCUGAUUUAUUUUUAUAGUUGUGACAAAAAGAUUUAAAAAUGAUUAUGUAUUUGCAAGUGUUGGUCAAGGUUUAAACAUAAACCUGCAUGUUGUGUAAAUACUUAAUGUUGUUCUCCUUGACUUAAAACAGUUUAUUAAGAGAUAAUUUCUGUGAAAAGUAGAAAAUUAAAUGUUAAAACAUUUUA